CAAACCGCCCAAUACAUGCGCGUGAGGUGGAUCACCAUGAAAUCUCAUCUUGUCGGUCAGAUCCGCAUUGGCUUGAAUGAGUCGCAUUGGAUACUUCCCCAAAGACGGACGCACGAUUCAAUACAGUACGCGUGGCGUAAUAUUCCUCGAAAGCAUGAGUCUUGAUUCAUAAUAGCCACCCCUUUACGAGGACAUGACUCCAGCACAUGGGCGUCCUGAAGGUGGCCCCCUUUUCACCGACAACAUCGAUUCUGCACCCACGACAGACAUCGAGCAGACGCCAGGCGACACAAAGCCGGGAGCGCACACAUGCCAAACGCAACCAGUAUCAGAUGACGCCGUGGUGCAGACACCAACAGUGACGAGAUGGAUCAUCCUCUUCACCGUCUGCUGGUCCGCAGUGCCCAUGCUGUUCAGCACGUCGGCUGCGUUGGGUGUGGCCCCUGAGAUAGCCGCGACAUUCGGCGUGGACGACACCGUCAUCAGCAGCGCCAACGCCGGUGUCUUCUUUGCCAUGGCGGCCUCGCCCCUCAUAUGGAUCCCGCUCGGCAGGGUGCUGGGCCGGAGGAUAGCCUACCUCGUUGCUGGGUGUCUCAUCUUGAUCAGCGGCAUAGGCACCGCGGUUGCGCAGAGUAUUGCGGUCUAUACAGCUCUGUGGGUUAUUGGCGGAUCGACGGGCGUUGUCUUCCUCGUGUCGGGGCAGACCAUCAUUGCGGACAUCUUUGAGCCUACGAGGCGUGGAACGGCUGUAGGCUGCUUCUUGGGGACGACAGUCGCUACGAACGCCAUUGCUCCCCUUCUGGGUGGUGUCAUUACCACGUACACAUCCUGGCGCGUAAUCUACUACCUCCAGACUGGCAUGAUGUGCCUUGGAAUCGUGCUUGCGUGGUUCUUUGUCCCCAAAGAUGUGGUUCCUCGCAUGGACCUGGGAUUCCGAACGGAUAAGCCCACGUCGCGGUGCCUCGUGGAUCUGGUGAAAGCCUUUAGUCCUGUGCCUGUCUUCAAAGUGAUGGGCUUUCCCAACAUCCUACUCGCUGACAUUGCAUGUGGACUCCUUUCGUUCAACCAAUACGGCCUGCUGUCAGCCAUUCGCUACUCCAUCAACACUCGCUUCAAUCUCACGACCCCUCUCACAAGUGGCCUCUUCUUCCUCGCGCCGGGUGGCGGCUUUCUGUUCGGUAGUACAUUGGGUGGGCGCAUCUCUGACCACACCGUCAAGAAAUGGAUCAAGAACCGCAAUGGGUUGAGACUACCAAGAGACAGACUGCGAAGCGGUCUUGGCGCCAUGUUCAUCGUCCUGCCUGUCGGCACAUUGCUCUACGGCUGGGGUCUUUCUGAGGAAUUCGGCGGCAUGCCUUUGCCCGCCAUCAGCUGUUUUGUUGCUGGUGUCGGUCUCAUGUGGGCGUUCAGCGGUCUCAACACGUACUCUGCGGAGGUGUACCCGGCCUGGAAGACAGAGUCGAUCAGCAGCAAGUACCUCGUUCAGUAUGCAUGCGGUGGCGCGACAAUCGCCAGUCGGAUCCCCAUGAUGGAGAACAUUGGCAUUGGGUGGUCGUUCACGAUAACUGCGCUCACGGGUUUCUCGGCGGGAUUCAUUGUCCUGUUCCUGAUACGUUACGAGCCUGAGACGGAGAAACGAGCUGCACGUGCUCGUGAAGAAAAGCAAUGAUUUGAGUAAAUUCUCUAGACUUAGAUAUAGAAUUUGUCUUUCCUUUAGAUAUACGCACAGACACAAGGUACAGUUAGGUCGGCAGGAUGCGCGUUUCAUCUACCUCUCGUUGACUACCCGUUGCUCAACUGGUACAUGCAGGUUGUCGACAUCUUCAUCCUGCGACAUAAGACUAUUGGUAGCCU